AUGGCACCAAUAAAAAAAGGAAGUAAACAAGAGCGAAAAUCUCGUAGUGCAAUGAGUGAAGUCGUUACGCGCGAAUAUACUAUAAAUCUUCAUAAACGAAUUCAUGGAAUAGGAUUUAAGAAGCGUGCCCCUAGAGCUAUCAAAGAAUUACGGAAAUUUGCUGAACAACAAAUGGGAACGAAGGAUGUACGCGUGGAUACAAGGUUGAACAAAUUCAUUUGGUCUAGAGGAGUAAAGAAUGUACCAUUUCGUGUUCGAGUUCGCCUAUCAAGACGUCGCAACGAUGACGAAGAUUCUCCUCAUCGACUUUAUACUUUAGUUAGCCAUGUACCUGUUACCACUUUUAAAAAAUUGACAACCGUUAAUGUUGAUAGUGAAGAAUAA